UAUGUGACUCCGCCACAAAAUCCUACCACUCCUGUACUCCGUUGAGAGUAAUACCACAGUAGAUCCAAUUCCUCUUUCCUAAACGCCUAAAUGCAGGCACUUUUCUCUGAGGGAUAUCCAUGGGCGUCGGGUUUAGGCAGGGUACAUGCCGGGGAAGUGUGAUCACCCGGAGAGCGAACACACCCGCGUAAAAAUUACAUUCUCCUUCGUAUGUGUGUCGGUCAAAUGUAACGUAGAUUUGUGCACAUGCGGGGCUAGUUCUUUCUGCCUGUGACCGUUUCAGAGAACGGAAGUGCGCGUUAUUAAAAGUUCGUAAAAUUUGUGAAAUUGUGGUGUAAAUGUUUAAAAAGUUUUUUCCUAUAAUUACAGAAAAAAGUAUAGCCAAGUAAAACCGCAGCAAGGCUUACAGUGGCAUACAUUAGUUAAAAACCUAGUUAAAAUCUUAUAAGCUAAAAGUUAAAAAAAAUAGUACGAUAAAAAGUGGUUGACAAUACAAAAACCACAUGCAGUGUAAAACCGCAUUCGACGAAACACAACAUUAAAAAGGUCCAAGAGGGCCUUUUUUGUAUUUCUAUCCAAUUGCUUAGCAGCACGGCGCAGCAGAAAAUCUAAACGGGCAGAAAGGAGCGGUCGGAACGCCAAAAUCCGACUGGUAAACCGAUCAGCACGUCCCCUCGUGGUGAAGAACCAAACCACGGUGGUGACAUCCUGCAGAGGAUCGUGGGCUCUUCCGGGACGCCGGUAAAGAGCCUGUGAUACCCUGGGCGGUGCUGAAACAACCAGCCGUCCAGCCCUGCUCCAUAAAAAUUCGACCAACAUCAACCGUACGCUAAAGAGUUCAACGGAAGAAGAAACUUCAAUCGGCCGGCCAAAAUGUGCCUAAAGAACCGCAAGUAUACCGUGUGACGUUAUUGUGAAGAAACACAGUUAGGGAAACCAAGUUUAUAAAUAAACCCCCACAAAUUAUGUAAAACCCAACGUAUGAGGAUUUCUGUAUUAUGGGAUAAUUUUUGAUUCCUUUACACCUUUUGCUCAGUAACGUUAUUGGCUGAAAGCCCCCCAAAACUUCACUCUUGAUCGGCCAGGUUGGGAAUUGCUAGCUCCGCUUUAUAUUGAUUUCAUUAAAGAUUUUGACCCGGUUGAUAGCAUGCGAAGUACCACCCGGUACGUCCCUGUCUAGCUUGGUUCCUUCUGGAUAUCCCUUCUGUGAGUUCCCCGGAGGAAAGUGUCUUGGGUUGAAAAGCAUACGAUCCUGAGUUCCAUCAUAAUUUCUUUUCCCAUGUUCCCCACCCACUGAGUGUAGCAGCUGUCAAGUUACAUUCUGGCGCCCACAUAAAAACUAGUUCAACCUUUUACAUUAUCCAUCCCCCGGAGAGGGAAGAAAAUCAGUUCUGAUUGUGCCAAAAUCGUCCUCUGAACGAUUCACUGGAGCAUAAUUUCCAAGGAUUACCGAUUUAUGGUGUUAAAAGUUUAUUUGAAGUGUAUUAUUACUAGUGCAAAAUUUAAAAAUUGUGUUUACAAAUUUACAAAUUAUUUAUAGUGUUGAAAAUUUAUCCUUUAUAGAGUUUACAAAUUAUAUUUAUAUUUAUUUUUUUUGUGUAUUUUAGAACCUGAAUAAAAUUGGAAAUGGAUUCCGAAAUUCAAAACAUAUAUUCGAACUUUUUGGCUCAUCAUUUAGCACGAAAUGAAAUGGAAUAUGAGUUAACUAUUAGAGCAGUCCCAUUCGCAGAAAAAGAAUCGAGAGCUGCAUUGCUAAGACGUCUGAAAGAUCGUCUCAAGGUGGAACAAAAUGAAUCGAACCCUGAUAUCGAUUAUUCUCGGUGGGGAAAAUCUGUUGACGAGGAAAUCCAAAUUAUAGAUUCGGAGGUAAAGAACAUUGCAGAUAUUCUUGAGAACCGAGUGCAUUUUGACGGUAUUCGCGAAACCCUGAAAACUAGAUUAGCACACUAUUAUGCCAGAUGCACCCGAGCGCUGGAAGCUGCCGAGCUGGAUCAAGAUCUGAAAGAUCUGGAUCAGCUGCAGGCAUUGACGAUCAAGUAUUUUCAGUCCCAUUUUUCUCCUAUUGGCGUCUUGCAAAAAGUUCAAUCGGAACUACUAGUUAACAUAGCCAGAUCGUUAUCAAACCUUAGUCUGUCGCAAAUUCCAAAUGCGAGCCCGUCGAAGAAACCUUCCGGUAGGAAAAAUAAACCUGUGCUGUCGCGAAAUAGUAAUCGAUCGGGAAGAAGCGAUGAUAUGCUAAGCAGCGAGAAAUAUAGCAGCGAAGAAGGCGCUGUAGCUCGAGAUUUAAUCGAACCGCGAUUUCCGCCGCGAAAAUUAAAAUCGACCCAAAUGUACCGCGCGCGAGUUUCAGAUUCGGAAGAAGCCGAACGGUAUGUGAGGCAUAUUCGUAUAAAAAAGGGCAAUCGGGGCCCAUCGCGGGUCGAACGUUCGGACUCGGAUGAAGAUUGGGUGUUGCCAUCGGACUCGGAAUCUAGCGAGCCCACUCCUCGUCGUCGCGAACGCAGAUCUCGUCAUGAUUCACAUCCUCCGCGUAGGGGCCGCCCAGUUUCCGAUUGGAACCUGUGGUAUGACGGGAAAGACAAUGGCCAAGGUUUAAUGCGUUUUAUCCGGGAAGUUGAGUUUACCGCGAAUUCGGAAAACAUGUCCCAACAAGAACUUUUUCGGUCAGCGAUUAAUCUCUUCCGUGGUCCAGCAAAGACCUGGUUCAUGUCCGGCUUUGAGAAUGAGGAAUUCGCCUCAUGGAAACAGCUAGUUCGCGAAAUGAAGAACGAAUUUUUAUCGCCGGAUCACGAUCACGUGAGCGAGAUGCGUGCGAUUGCACGUAAGCAGGGCCCGAAGGAGAAAUUUCAGAAUUAUUUGAUCGAAAUGCAGAAGAUAUUUAACGGGUUUACGAAAUCGAUUUCUGAGAAACGGAAAUUUCAGAUGAUUUUUAGAAAUAUGCGUGCCGAUUACCGCGGAUAUGCGAUUGCGUCGAAGAUAGAUAACCUUGCUGAUUUGAAGACGUUCGGUCGACAGUUGGAUGCCACGUUUUGGUACAAAUUUCAAACUACUGAAGAAAAUCCUCGCGUUCGUAGUCAGGUAAACGAAAUUAGGACCGGAACAAAACCGAAAACUCGGGACGGUAUCGAAACGCCGAACCAAAAAUCGCGGUACUUCUACGGAAGCUCGAAAUCCGAACCCUGGAAAGAAACCCAGAAAAAGAAGCAACAGUAUCAAGUCUCAGGAAAGUCUACCCUCGAUCAAUCUCGUAAGAAGAAUCCUGCUCCUGAUGGCCUCGAAAUCUUACUAUCUAAUUAUUCACCAUUACCUGAAGGAAGAUGCUACAACUGUAGACUUCCUGGUCACCACUUCAAGGAAUGUAGCAAACCUGUUCAUGUUUUUUGUCAAAACUGUGGGUUUAUGAAUUUUGAAACCAAUAAUUGCCCCUAUUGCGAAAAAAACUUGCGACCAACUGCUUGAAAGGGCAAGUAGUUUCACAGAAUCAAAAUCCCUUUAAAAAUUCCGAUCAGACCGUAGAUUUGGCCCAAAUAGGGUACCAAGUCGUUAAUCCAUCCGAUUAUGUCAAUCCCCAUUCCCUCGAAGUCAACGAAUUGUUACUUAACUUACAAAAUGAUGAUCGUCCGUU